AUGCCUAAAUUUGAAAAAAUAAAAAAAGGCGAAGUUUGUGCCAAGUAUUGUCCACCCUUGAUGGCAUUGCAAUGGUAUGACAAAGAAAUUAUAACAAUGCUUUCAACGAUGCACGAUCAUACAUUCAUACCGUGUUUAAGGGAAGAUAGAGAAUCGGGUUUACCAGUUUUAAAACCAGAAUGUAUUGUAGAUUAUAAUACAAAUAUGGUUGCAGACGUUGCUUACAUGAGACCGUUAAGUACCUACUACGAUCAUCAAAUCAUGGCGUGGCUUCGCAGCAACCCAGGGAUGACUGUCACUGUCCGACAAGUAGCUGAAAUUUUUGGAAAGGCGUUCAUACAAGCGUCUACGAUGUCAACAGCUGUCAAUGGUUUUAAGAAAUGUGGGAUUUGGCCAUAUGAUCCAACAGUAUUCUCUGAGACCGACUUUGCUCCAUCUUUGAUGACAGAUAUUCAGCUUAAUGUAUCCGACGCACCUGCAAGCGAUAAUAGUUCGUUGAUAAUGGAAUCGUCAUCCACAGAACCAGCAACAAAUAAUCAGAAUGCGCCAAUUAUAUCUGAAGCCAUUUCUGUUGCGGCAACUUUGACGGAUGCAGCAGUGACGCCAGUAACAGUGGAAACAGAAACAUUGUCGAGACUUGAUACUGCCGCUAGUAUUUCUGCGAGUACGUCACUAUCAACUAAUCUGGUUACUGCACUUACUGUGCUACCUAAUACAAUGUCAACCCCUGAACCAGGAUGUUCAUACUGGCUCGAUAACUCCGAUCUACACGAAAGACCACGAACUCCGCAGCAAUCAAUAUUUGGUGUUGUAAGUCCGCAGCAAAUAAUGCCCUUUCCAGCAACUACAAAAACAUCUCGCUCAACUAGAAAACGAGGAAAAACCGCGGUGAUCACAUCUUCGCCGUAUAAGAAUGAGUUAGAAGAAACGAUUAAGAAAAAGGAACAAGCGGAAGAGGAUAAACAGAGAAAAAAAGAGUUGAGGGAACUUAAAAAAUCUGAAAAAGGCCCGGCAACUAAGAAGAAAAGAGUAACAAAGAAGAAACAAGGGGCUAAGAAUAGAUCAUUAAACGAGAAUAGUGACAGCGAUAUUGAAAAUUAA